AUGAGUAGUCGUCGAAGGAAAGACCUAGCAGCUAUUCGAAGACGCGUGCAAGACGAUGGCGACGAGGAAACAUGUCCAGAAAUCGAGGAACUAGAUGAUGACUCACUUAGCGACGACUCGACGCACGCAGAUGAAUCAGAUAUACCCGAGGAAUGUGAACUUGAAAGACCACUUGAUUCGGAUAAAGUAGGAGUCAAUGGAUUUGGUACAAAAAACCACAUUCAUUUAGUCGAAGAUACACCGGAAGUGCUACCAAAAGUUACAACUAGUCUCUUCAAUAAAAGAACUGCUACUAUGGAUAUGAUGCUAAACGGACUGAAACUUACAGAAGAGAUAAUGCAGCUGGACGCAGUAUCUUAUGAAGAUUUACGUGAGGAUGAAUUUCAGGCCUCAUCUCAUCAAGCUAGAUCUACCGCAAAGCCUGGUAAGCAGCCUCUUGAAGCUCUCCACGAACGACGAAGAAGGGAGCAUGAGGAAUACAAGAAGCGGCGAGAUGAAGACCCUGCAUUCGUACCAAACCGUGGAGCAUUUUUUAUGCACGACCACCGUCACUCUGGACCAGCUGCUAAUGGAUUCCGUCCAUUCGGCCGUGGGAGAGGUCGUAGUCGGCCAGGCCAUGGCGCCAUAUCGUCAGCAUCUAACAAAAUGCCCGUCUCAAUCGAACCACCAGAUGCACCAUGGACUCACGAUAAACAUGAGGCCAUUGCUGACCUCGCCCCUCAAAAUUUAUCGACGCCAGACCCCACGCUUAACUGCGUAAAUCCAUAUUCUCGAACCUCAACGCUCACUUCUCAGGCUGCACCUCCUAACCGAGCUCUUUCCGCUACCAAGUCUCUUGGAAAUGUUCUGAUUCGAGUGGCUUUGCCAGCUAUGUUAAGCCCUAUUAUUUUUUCCGGAAUUCCAGUUAAACAGUACACUCGCCUUCCAGAUCAUCGUCCUCCUCUUAGGAGGGAUAAACCUGUCCGGAUUUCUCUACCUAAAAAGACGCCACGCUAUAUAUUCCCUCCGGUUGAUAGAUCCUUUAUAUUUAUCCCCCGCGCAAUGAGACCUAAUCAGCAAGGUUUCGGUAGUAGAGGAAGAGGUCGUUCUAUCCUCGGGUCUGCCGGAGGCUAUUCAAGACGAACAAGUGUUUUUGGCGGAAGCUUAUACGGGAGCGCAUACUCGCCAAGUAUCGUCAUGAGCCGCUGCUCAUCACUUGCGAAGGAAGUGAACAGAGAUAACUUGACAUCUCCAAACCACUCCACAAUAUCUAAGACAAACAUUGCAAAUUCUUCGACGAAACCCGUAGUUCGACUGCCUCCAGCCCAAGAUAUACCUCAACCAAAAACGGCUCAGCACAUAGAUAACAAAUCUGUUCAGGGUAGUAAUCAACACAGCAGCGCAUCAAUCCCAAUCUCAACUAAAAACGAGGUAUCACCUGAAUGUCAAGAUUCUGAACCCUCAGACACCAAUAAAGAUCUAUCAAUAGAAAUCCCUAUGCAUCAACCCCGACCCCAUAAAACGGUUUCAGUUGCUGAUAUAGAGUCACCGACAAUAUUAAAAUUUAACCCACCUCAACAACAGCAACAGCAGCCUUUUCACCAUCAAGUUCCUGCUCAGGUGAAUGAAAAUAUUUUUUCAUUUGAACCCGGACUUCAUUCCCGAAAUGCUUCCUACCCAAGCCAAACAUCGACGGGUACCCCUCUAUCUCAGAUUCCGGAGCGUGCGAUUCACGCUCAGCCAUUUCAGCCAAAUCACUACCCUUCACAACAGUUUUAUCCACAACCAUGUCAAAUUGCGAUUCCACCUCAAGGAUAUUACUUUCCCCACCCUUUCGCCUCAGUGUUGCCUUCUAGUGGUGGUACUUCUCCAUUCAUUCCAACUUCGUCUCUUCAAGUACAUCCUCCGCAAUCUUCUCAGGAGAACCAAUGUGAAGAUACGACACCUCUAUCUGGCGUACAGAACUUAGUAGUCCAAGAAGUUAAUGGUAUGGUGUACUACUAUGAUGCUGCUCAAUUACCAGCUGUAUCGGCAUUUUCUACAUAUCAACCACCGCCACCAUCAUACCCAGCUCAACAGGUUGGGAUGAUGGAAAUGGGUGUGAUGGCGCCAAAUAAUGAUGGAUUUUACUACGCCCAGGGCCCUCAUGGCUCCAUGUACUAUCCUCAAUAG